GGAGGGAGUCAGAGCUAGAACACCAAUUACAAACCACAGGCUUCCUGCUCUAAGGAGUUGAUCCAGAACUGUCUUUCUGGAAGGGAAGCACUGGAAUCCUGAACUUUUCCAAGUCCAUCCGUGAUUCAGAGAUACUGCCUUCUCUCUCUGGGAUUUUCUGUGGCUCUGGUAGUGAAUUGUUGCUGAUCUAUUUGCUACUUUGCUUUUUCGAGAUUUGAUCAUUUUACUGUGCUGUUCGCAGAGGAAAAGAACUUUCGUUAGCAAAGGAGAUUUCAGAAAUGCUUUUGGAUCUUCUAUAAAUAUUUUUAGAAUUCCUGGGGACAGUAACUCUCAUCCUGGAGUAAGUUUCUGCCUUUGACCUGCAUGGAUUAUUUUUUCAGGCUUCGGAAUUUCUCGACACUUACCUGUAGUGUGGGGCACUUGGUUUGGUUGGAGAGUAAGAAGGUGGAAGAUUGAGCUGUACUUGCUUAAGCAGUUCAAACCUUUGAACAGGAUCUGUAAAUGCAUAAUUGAAUUUGUUUCACCCCUGUGGAUUCCAGAGGGCCCAACAGCACAACAGGUUUGCAGAUUUCUUUUGAAAUUCUUUUUUUCUUCUGCCUCUGCCUCAGCAAAAGAAACAAUCUAUAUAAUAAGGUCAUGCUCGGUUGCUUGACUUUUCAGCACUUAUUCUGAAGACUCUAUAUGAUUUUUAAACUUGACCUCGGAAUGCAGGAGGCUGUGUGAGUGAAAUACACUUAUAUUUACUUAUGGGCGCACAUUUUAAAAUCUUAUUCUAUGUUUUGUCAAAGAUCCACAGUCUCAUAUGUGCCUAGAAAUAGUAAAGAAAAACUCCACUUGGGCUUAGUUGAACUUUUUCAGAGUGUUUUCCUUAGAACCUGUGGCUAAUCAUCCUUAUUCCCCUAUCUUUUAUUCUCCACCCCCUCAAGGAAUUAAAAAACAUGUUAGAAAUAGUCUUUUGUUUUUCUUAUGAACCUUGAAGAUUACAGAUUAUAAGAUCUAUAUAUUACAGUUCGUUUCAUGGGAAAUCAACAUGCUUGGCAUUCUCAAGCUGGGGAAUAAAAUCUGUAAUUCUAAAACAGGAAAGUGGAGAUAGAAAUAUGAAUUUUGACUCAAAAAUGAUUGGAAAGCUAACUCUUUCAAAUACAAUGAUAGUUGGGAAAGGUUUGUAGUACUUUGGCUUAUCCUAUAGUAUAUGAAGGUAUAUACAAAUUUUUACCUAACUUACAGGCAACUUUAGAUAGAACAUUGAAAAAUUAUAGUAUGUCGAAAUUCAUGAAACAUAUAUAAAUGUAAUAGGCCUAGAACUUUGGCCUAUGCUGAAAUACAAUUGAAUGUGGAAACCUUUCUGAAUAUGUGUUAAAGCAUCUUUGGACAUCCCUCAAGGUUAGGCCUAAACUUGUAAAAUUAUUAUUCCAUCUCAUGGUUUGUAAUCACUUACAAUUGACCACUUUGGGGCCUUAGAAAGGGCCAUCGCUUCAUUUUCUGAACUGGAGUUCUUCACUUACCUUUGAUGCAUGACUGUAGCUGUUUACUUUGCCUUGUUUUUUGAUUUUUAUUUUUGUUGUUGUUCAUCAACAUUGGGUUUAGUUCCUCCACAGCUUGAUGCAUAUGGACGGCCAACACCAAGUAAUCUGACAUAGUAAAAAUUUACAUUUAAUCUCAAGCAAAGUUGGAACUUUCCAGGAGAAGUGGUGAUACCUUUGCUAGUCAGAGUGAAGAUGGGAGAGAAAGCCAUCCUUGCAUCGGAAGUGGGCUGAAAAACCCUCUUCUCUGCCCAAUCAGGAAUGCCACCUCUACUUGGGAAUAUACUUUAGAAAAAGGAAGGACCAAAACUGUGCCUUGGCUUUGUGAAAUUGAAGACUAAGUUCUCUCUUCUUUCAUUUGUCUGGAUGUGAGAACCUGCAUUUGGCAUUAGCUAGUGGAAGCAGUAUGUAUGGCCGAAGUGCAUUGCUGCAGCUGGUAGCAUGAGUGGUGGCCACCAGCUGCAGCUGGCUGCCCUCUGGCCCUGGCUGCUGAUGGCUACCCUGCAGGCAGGCUUUGGACACACAGGACUAGUACUGGCAGCAGCCGUGGAGUCUGAGCGAUCAGCAGAGCAGAAGGCUAUUAUCAGAGUGAUCCCCUUGAAAAUGGACCCCACAGGAAAACUGAAUCUCACGCUGGAAGGGGUGUUUGCUGGUGUUGCGGAAGUAACUCCAGCAGAAGGAAAAUUAAUGCAGUCCCAUCCUCUGUACCUGUGUAAUGCCAGUGAUGACGACAACCUGGAGCCUGGAUUCAUCAGCAUCGUCAAGCUGGAGAGUCCUCGACGGGCCCCUCGCCCCUGCCUGUCAUUGGCCAGCAAGGCCCGGAUGGCGGGUGAGCGAGGAGCCAGUGCCGUCCUCUUUGACAUCACUGAGGAUCGAGCUGCCGCUGAGCAGUUGCAACAGCCCCUGGGGCUGACCUGGCCAGUGGUGCUGAUCUGGGGUAAUGAUGCUGAGAAGCUGAUGGAGUUCGUGUACAAGAACCGGAAGGCCCAUGUGAGGAUUGAACUGAAGGAGCCUCCGGCCUGGCCAGAUUAUGAUGUGUGGAUACUCCUGACAGUGGUGGGCACCAUCUUUGUGAUCAUCCUGGCUUCAGUGCUGCGGAUCAGGUGCCGCCCCCGCCGUAGCAGGCCGGACCCUCUUCAGCAGCGAACAGCCUGGGCCAUCAGCCAGCUGGCCACCAGGAGGUACCGGGCCAGCUGCAGAAGGGCUCGGGCUGAGCAGACAGACUCAGUCAGUAGCUGCAGCUCCGCCCCCAUGUGUGCCAUCUGCCUGGAGGAAUUCUCUGAGGGGCAGGAGCUCCGGGUCAUUUCCUGCCUUCAUGAAUUCCAUCGUACCUGUGUGGACCCCUGGCUACAUCAGCAUCGGACCUGUCCCCUCUGCAUGUUCAACAUUAUAGAGGGAGACUCCUUCUCCCAGGCCCUGGGACCGUCUCACUCUUAUCAGGAACCAGGCCGGAGACUGCAUCUCAUUCGCCAGCAUCCAGGCCAUGCUCAUUACCACCUCCCUUCUGCCUACUUGUUGGGCCCUCCUCGGAAUUCAGGGGUCCGGCCCCCACGACCUAGACCCUUCUUACCAUCCCAGGAGCCAAGCACAGGCCCUCGGCACCAGCGCCUCUCCAGAGUGCCCCAUCUCCGGGCUCCUGUGGAGCAGUCACACCUGGCAAUGACCCAGCACCCCUAUGCACAGAGCUGGGGCCUGAGCCGGCUGCGGUGCCCUUCUCAGCACCCCACAGCUUGCCCGGCACCCCUGCGCCGGACCAGGCCUCAUGACAGCAGCGGGUCUGGAGAAAGCUACUGCACAGAACGCAGUGGCUACCUGGCCGAUGGGCCAGCCAGUGACUCCAGCUCUGGGCCCUGCCAUGGUUCCUCCAGUGACUCUGUGGUCAACUGCACGGACAUCAGCCUGCAGGGCAUCCAUGGCAGCAGCUCCACCUUCCGCAGCUCCCUGAGCAGCGACUUUGACCCCUUGGUGUACUGUGGCCCUGAAGUGGAUCUGCCAGAGAAGGGGAGCCACCCAACUGUGGCCUCUCGACCCCGUUCUCUGGACUCAGUGGUGCCCACAGGAGAAACUCAGAUUUCCAGCCAUAUCCACUACCACAGGCACCGGCAUCAUCACUACAAGAAGAGGUUCCAGUGGCAUGGCAGGAAGCCUGCACCAGAAAUGGGGGUUCCCCAGUCUAGGCCUGUUUCUCAGGCACAGAUACAGCCUGAGCCACCUUUGUCCCAUCAACAAGUCAGCAGACCCAACCUAGCAUCCCCAUCAAGACAGCUCCCCAACCCACCACGACCCAGAGCCCUUACAGAGCCCGCACCUGGAGCCGCGGAAGCUGCUGGGCCUGGCAGCCCCCCGCCUGGCAGCCUUUGCAACCUGCAGAAAUCUAGCCUCCCCGUGCGACACCCACAGAGGAAACGGCAAAGUGGUCCCUCCGAGCCCAGGCCAGCCUCUCGGCCCCAGGAUUUAACUGUGCGCCCAGUUUGCCAGAUCUCCCCACCUUACAGCCCCAGCUUGGCAUACCCUUGGCCCCCAGAGGCUCACCCACUGAUCUUUAGACCUCCAGGCAUGGAUAGGAAGCUGCUACCGGAAGCCCCAGACCCCUGCUUCUCAAGCUCACAGCCAGUGUGGUUAUGUCUGACUUCACGCCGGCCCCUAGGACCACAGAGGCCUGGGGAAGGGCCUUCUGAAUGGAGUUUUGAUACUCCAGAGGGCAGGCCGUGCCCUUACCCACACUGCCAGGUGCUGCCAGCCCAACCUGGCUCAGAGGAGGAGCUGGAGGAGCUGUGUGAACAGGCUGUGUGAGAUGUUCCAGCCAAUUCAGAGUGUGCUUUGGAUGACUCAGGGCCCUACCUGGCGCAGAGUCUUGUUCCUGGGAGAAGAAAGGACCUCAGCAAGCAGCCUCUUUUUGCCAUACUUCCUGGAACCAUUGGAAGAAGAGUGGGGAUGGUGGGUGGUGGGAAGUGCUGUUUCCUGCUCCCUGUUCCAAAACUGGUCUGCAGAACAUACUUGCAGUGCAGCAAGUCUGUGCCCAUCCACGCAACCAGCUUCUACCUGUGUGCAUUUGUGAGCUGGAUCCCUGAAGGCUGAGUUUUUUGAGGGCAGGAAGCUAGGUGUGAGUAGCUAGGUUUUAUAAAGGUGCUGCUCCUACCUCCUAACCCCCAGGCAUGACUUCCUGGUUUGCCUCAUAUUCAUUCCAGCCAGUGGGGUCAUUUGAAUACAUGUCCCUUCUCACUUCCUUCCAUGGGUGAGCUGCACAUACUAGCUUUGGCUCUGCCUUGCUAAGGCUGCUGUAUCAGGAGUAACCCCCAUUCAGGCUCUCUUGUUUUCCUUUUUUUGUACAAGGACCAGCCUGUGGCAAAGGUUGACACCUUUAAAAAGUGGAGCUCUCUGCACCUUCUCCAGGUAAUGCCUGUCCUGGUGCACGGAGGAGGAUGGUUUCCCCUUCUUGUUCUUCAGUUGUCAGCUUCAUGAUACUAAGUCAGACAGGAGACUCUGGAAAGCCAAGAUGUGAAGUUCUAUCCUUGCAGUGGGGACCCAAAUCUUGACAAAUUUAGGACGAAGCCUUUGAUCUUCAAGGUCCUUGUCACUCCAGCAGCCCCACUUCCUCUAAGGCAGGGAGAAAGGAGAGUGGGAAUAACCCUUUCUUGAUGAUCAGCUGUCCUAAAAGUCCCAAAGGAAGCAGAAAGAUGAUCCUUUCUGGGGGAAAAAAAACAAGGAGGAUGGAAUGAAAAUGGCAAAGGUAAAACUACAGCUGAGCAAGGACAACAGAGGUUUGUUCUCCCUCAGAGCAGGGAUGAGAGACAGCAAAGUGUGGCUCCUUGGCUUUGCAGGAUCCACGGGCCCAGCUCCCUAGUGUAAGCCAUACAAACCAGGAACCCAAUAGAAGCUGUGCACACCCAGGGGGUUUGGAACAGGAAGUUGUCCUGGGCAGCUUGCACCAAGUGUGCACCAUGUGAGGGGCCUCUUUCAGCCCUUUGCCCCAGGGCACCUUGACCACUGCUAGCCCCUCAGGCAUUAUCUUUGCCUGGAAUGUGAAUGUGGGGGCAAGGUGGGCACAGGCCUUUACUUGAGAACCUUCUUCCCUCAAAGUUAGUGGGGAGACUAGCAUCUAGGCACCCACAUGGGUAUUUAUAUCUGAACCAGACAGAAAGAUGCUUGAAUCAGGCACUAUGUUGAGAAAUGUAUUUAUUUGCUAAUAUAUUUAUCCAUACA